AGUUGGCUAAUGUUGCGCGUAUACGAACAGUUUUUCACACGUUGAUUUGAGCAUUCAGUGCUUGUUCAAGAGUAUUAACGAGCUUAUAACAAACAGAACUUAUUCAGAUAUUGUUUGACUUAUUUACUUUUUAACCAUGGAUCAUAUUAACCAACGCAAAAGCUCUGAUAGAAGAAUUUUUUUCAGCUAUGACACUGAUGAAGAUUCAGACUUUUCAAUGAUGAAAAGAAUAAAAAUGGAACCAGAUGGUAUGUUAUCACAAGAAGAUGAUAUUAUGGCUCAAUUGCAGCAGGAAAGUUCUGACCUAGAAGUUGAACCAGCCUUUGCAUUAGAAGGUGCAACUAAUGGCGAUGAUUAUAACGAAGGUGUACUCAUGCAACACAUGGACAUUAGGGAGCCUUUAUCAACGCUAAGAAAUCUUUUGGAGCAGAGAAUAGGCAUUGAACUAUCGGAUUAUUCCUUUUGGUUGCAAGAUACUCAAAUGUUGGAAAGUCAUAAAAACUUAGUUGAUCAAUGUGUACAAGGGGAAGGUUUGGUCCAAGUUAAUGUUCAAAUAAGACAACCGCAACGUCGUAUAAAUAUUGUGGAUGUUCUUAAACCUGCAGAAGAUUACAUUGAUGUAGCAGAAAAUAGUUCACCAGAAGAACCUAGUUCAGAAGAAAAUAAAAAUGUUAUCAGAUGGAUGGUUGAUGCACAAUAUAAAAAAGAUCAGGAACGUUUAAAAAUUCCUGCAGAUCCAAAAGAUUGGACACAAACUCAUGUAAAGCAUUGGCUUCAGUGGGCAGUUAGACAGUUUAAUCUUGUUUCAUUAAAGUUAGCAGACUGGAAUAUAACAGGAGCUCAGCUUUGUAAUUUAACACUUGAAGAAUUUCAAACAAAAGUACCUCUAGACCCAGGUGAUGUAUUUUGGACACACUUAGAGUUACUCCGAAAGUGCAAAUUUGUUGCUGUUGUACAAAAAGAUGCAGUACCACAAACAAAUGACACCACACCAGAAAAAAGCAUAAAGCCUAAAAAUCCAAAAGCAAAUAAGCCUCGACCAAUGGUGAAUCAGCAACAACGUAUGGUUAAUGUACCAUUAGCCAAUUUGGAAUCUUCUUCUCUUGCAUUAGCUUCAUCUAGUAGGACAGUUAACAGUGGACAAAUACAACUAUGGCAAUUUUUAUUAGAACUCUUAACUGAUAGAGAACACAAAGGUGCCAUACAAUGGGUUGGAACAGAAGGAGAAUUCAAGCUCAAUCAACCCGAAGCUGUUGCACAAUUAUGGGGUGCGCGGAAAAAUAAGCCUUCAAUGAAUUAUGAAAAACUUAGUAGAGCGCUGAGAUAUUAUUACGAUGGCGAUAUGAUUUCCAAAGUUCAAGGUAAACGCUUUGUAUAUAAAUUUGUUUGCGAUUUGAAACAACUAUUAGGCUAUUCUGCUGCAGAAUUGAGUAAAUUAGUUGAUGAAGGUAGACAAUAUUUCUGAUGAAAUGAAACAUUGUUUUAAUUGUGGAAACGGGUUAUUGAAAAUGUAUACUCUUCAAAAUAACUGCGUUUUAUUAAAAAAAGACUUAGCUUGUGAAAAAAAUGGCUAGAAUAUUUUUGUAAAUAUACGUUUAAGAAAUUUCUUGAAUUCGAUUUCCAAUAAUGCACUGCUGCAGUUUCAUAAUACUCACUGAAUAACCAUUUUCCAAUCUUCAUGUAAAUAAUUUACUCACCAAAGAAUUAAAAAAACACUUGGAAAAAUUAUGCAUAAAAACGGUUAUUUGAUAACUUUAUUAAACUUGCAAAACUUCUAAAUAUUAUAUUUUCUUUUUUAUAUUUAUCGGAAGAAAAAAAUCAUUUUAUAUACCAAGCUGCGAAACCAUUUCAAAUUCUUGGAAGUAACAUAAUAUUAUUGAAAAUCCAAGCAAUUAAAUUAUCGAUAUGAACCAGUGACUCAAAAAACUACACAAAUUAAUAUUUAUUGCAAGUGCAUUUACAAAAAGUUUUGCUUAUUGUUAAAACAUUUUGAACUUUGUAGCAAAAUCUUUUAUUUUAUUUUUUUAAAUAAUAACAAAAUGUUUCCAUAAUUUUUAUUGUAAAUAUAAUGCUGUGAAAAAGUAUCAAAUCGUUUUAAAGUUCAAAUAAUUCUGUGAAAAAAAUUUCUUUUCAUUUCUGAUAGAGUUGGCAAGUAUAAUUUCUCAUAAUGUAGGUAUGUAUGUACAAUAUUUUGACCAUAUUAAUGGUAGUGAAAAUCUUUUGAAAUAUACAAUGUAAAAGUUAUGAUGAAAAUUUUAAUACUAAAAAAUAAAA